AUGGACACUCGUCACUAUGGUAACGAGCUCACAACGGAGUGGUGGGACCCUCUGUGGCUCCUGGAACGAAGGGCUUUGCGUCGGUGGAUAGAGUAUUCUGCCGUGGACCACUGUUCCGGACAGACGUACCGUGGGCCCCGUCUGACGUGGUACGAGAUUUUUGACGCCAUCUCUACAGCAACAGGAGCGUCCGUGAUCCGCAUGUUGCACAAACUACAUCGGAGACGAGGUUUGAGCGCUGCCUGCCAGGAUUAUGGGAGUGUCUGGAGCAGGCCAGCGCGCAAACCCAUCGACCGCGGUGAUGAGCUCGUGAUCCAACCGAUGGGAUUUCCAAUCAUCGUCGCUCGACCAAGAGCAGGGCGGCGGAGAUCAGCAAGGCCUCAAAAGGCACUGCCGAGUUCAAGAAGUGUGGGAGGCGGCGACAUAAGGCACUAUGAGCGCGAGCGGGCGACGCCCACGGAGGGGGGGGUUUCUCCGAGGGAGGCGGGUGGGGGGGGGUUUAUUGGGGGCAAGGGGUGGGGGGACUCCACGUACCAGUUGUCCCCACAUGUCGUGUACCGAGGUGGUGGGGCCGAGGGGAGUCAGGGGGGGGCGGGGGGGGGGGAUCCUUCCGCCUUCCGUCUGGGGGGCGGGGGGGGGGGGGGGGGGGGGUGGGGGGGGGGGGGGAUAGGGGGGGGGGGGCGGGGGGGGGGGGGGUGGGCCCUCGCCGGGUUCUGCUCGGGGCAAGCCCGGGGGUGGGGGAGGGGGGUGGGGGGGGGGGGGGGGGGGGGGGGUACGGGGGGGGGGAAGGGAGGGGGGAUCGCGUGGGGGGUGAAGGGGGGUCGGGGGGGACUGAGGGGGGGGGGGGGGGGGGGGGAGGGUGGGGGGGGGUGGGGGUCCGCGGCCCUUUUGGGGGUCUUCCAGCCGGCCCGGAUGGCACGGGGGGUGGGGUGCCUCGCCUAUCGUUUGCCCAGUGGUGUGGUGGGGUGUGUGGGUGUGUGGUGGGGGGGCCGGGGGUACCUGGGGGGGGGGUACGCCACACCCCCAACCCUGUCGGAUAUGGGGGGGGGGGGGGGAAAUCAUGGGGGUGGGGUAAUCCCCCUCGGUGGGGGGGGGGGGGUAUCUGGGUACCAGGUGGGGGGGGGGGGGAGCAGGGGUCCCCACCUCCAGGAGUGGGGUAGGACUACACGGGGGGGUGGUUGGGGUGGUGGGGGUCUCCCCUUCCGGGUGGGGGGGGGUCCCGAGGGGCUCCUCAGCGAGGGUACGGGGGGGGGGGGCCCUUACCGGGGGGGGGGGGGCGAUCUCGGUGGGGGACCUCCCCUUGGGGGGGUCACUGGGGUGGGGAUGGGUGUUAUCGGUUGGUUAAACUCAGGUCCACAGGGUACGCCGGGGGUAUCCACCGGCUCUCACUGUGGGGUCUUGUUCGCGGGGGGGGGGGGGGGGGGGGGUGGGGGGGGGUCUACCGGGGGGUCCACGGGGGUCAGGGGGUGGUCUUUGCGAGUGUCGGGGGUCGGGGGGGGGGGGGGUGUUUGGUUGGCUCCCAGUUGUGGGGGGGGGGGGGGGGGGGGGGGGGGGUUGGGGGGGAUCGGACUCACUGAAGCGGGGGAACUCGUAAUGAAGGGGGGGGGGGGGGGGGGGGGGGUGUGGGUGGUGGGGGGGCCUUCGGGGGGGGGUCGCCCUAGUCCCGCGUGUGGGUGGUGGUGGUGUGUGGUGUGUGGGUGGGGGGGGCGGGGGGUUGGGGGGGUUGGGGGGGUCGGGGGUCCCUACGUCCACACCGCAGGGAUAGGGGGGGGGGUCUAUGUCCCAAUUUGCUGGUGGGGUGGGGGUGGGGGGGGGAAUCAGGGGGGGUUGGGGGUGUGUCGUAUCGGGUCCUGGUCCUGGGGUAGUUCGGGGAUAAGGGGGGGAACCACAUCCCAUCGGGACUUCCGUGCCUCAUCGGGGGUGGGUGGGGGGGGCGGUGUUUCCCCUGACACCUCUAAUGGGGGGUCUCACAUUCGGGGGGGUCGGGGGGGACCAGCCGGGGGGGGGGAGGGGGGGGAGGGCGGGUGGGGUGGGGGGGGUGGGGGUCUAGUGGGGUGGGUGGGGGUGAUUGGGGGAACCCGUGGUGGGGGGGGUUCCGGGGCCUACUUGGGGGGCGGGGGGGGGGGGGUGGGGGUUGGUCCGGACACCAACCCCAACACAACCCAACCCCCCCCCCAACCCACCCCCACUGUUUGUUGUGGGGGGUGGGGGGAAGGGGGGGGGGUGGGGGGCGACAUUACAGGAGAUGGGGCCCUCGGGGGGGGGGUUCCCAGGGGUGGAUCUCGGUGUCCUACUUCAAGUAUGGGGGGGGUGGGGGGGGGGUCCGCCUUGGGGGGGGUUGGGACGGUUGGGGGGAACCCUGGGUGGGGGGGGGGGGUGGGGGGGGGGGGGAAUAGGGGGGUUGGGGGGGGGGGGGUUGGCGGGGGGGGGAACGGGACUGGGGGUCGGGCGGGGGGGGGGGUGGUUCUACGGGUGGUGGGGGGGGAGUGGGUGUGUGUAUUUGUGUUGGGGGGGGGGGGGGGCGGCAAGCGGACCCUAGGGCGUUUCCCGGGUCCGGGAGCGACCCCCCGGAAGGGGGGGGGGCGGUCCCCCCCCCCACACAACCUGGUUCACUUCAGCUUGGGGGGGGGGGGGGGGGUGGGGUGUGGGGCGUCCAGUAGGCGGGCGACCCAAGCCGGGAUCUCCUCGUGUGGUGUGGUGUGUGGGGUGUGGGGGGGGGGGGGCUGGGGGGGGACCUCCCCCCGCGGGGUUCGCGCGGGGGGAGGUGCUGGGAGGGGGUCUGUGGGGGGGUGGUGGGGGGACCUCAAGAUGGCCCACACUUCAUUCCCCAAACCACACACCCCCCCCUCACACCACCCCCCACCCCUACCUCAACACACUACACUUGUGUUACCCUCCCCGGGAGGGGGCGAGGGGGUGGCCGGGGGUCGGGGGGGGGGGGGGGGGGGGGGGGGUUCGGGCCGGGGGGUUGGGGGUGUACAUGUCCGGUGGGGGGGGGGGGGGGGGACGGGGGGGGGGGGUCGGGGGGUAAACCCCGUGGGGGGUACCACCGUGGGGGGGGGGGGUAUUACAUGGGGGAUCUGCGUAAGACGCCCGGGGGGUGGGGGGUUGGCGCCGGUUUUGGUGUUUGGGGGGGUGGGGGGGGGGGCCUACCUAUGGGGGGGGGGGGUUUCUUAUCAUCGGUUCAGAGUAUUGGGGUUGUGGUGUGUGUGUGGGGGUUCCCUGCUAGCAAGUGGGGGGGUUAGCUGGGGGGGCGGUCCCUUGGGUCCUCCGCGCCGGGGGGGGGGUCAGCCCGGGGUCGGGGGGGGGUCUUGGGGGGGAGGCUCCGGGGCGGGGGGGAGGGUCCGGGGGGGGAAUUCGGGGAUCAUAACUCAAGCUCUAAGACGUCUGGGGGGGUUGUCCACCGGUGUCGGGGGUCGGGGGGGGGUUCCAGCCUGGACCCAGGGGGUCUCCACCCCGAAAUCCAAAGGGCAAGGGGGGGGGGGGGGGGGGGGGGGGGAAGGUGGGUUGGGGGAAGCCUCGGGGGGGGGGGGACUACCGACCAGUGGGGGGUCGUGGGGUGGGGUCAUGGUCAGGGGGGGGGGUCCCUGUAGGGGGUUGGGUGGUGGGGGGAUUUCCAGGGUACCGGACUGGUGUCCGUUGGUGUCCCGGGGGGGGGGCGGGAGGUACCCGCCAUCGUCUUCGGGUCAUGGAAGGUCACUGGCCCCCUGGUGGGAACCUGUGGGUUAUCCACAGAAGGAGGGGGGGGUGCUGGGGGGGGUGGGGGGCGGGAAUUGGGGUGAGAACCCUCCGGGGGGCCGCGGGAGGGUCGUCGGGGUCCCGGGGGCCCGGGGGGGGGCGGGGGUUUGGUCCCUGGUGGGGGUGGGUGGUGGGGGGGGGGGGGGCGGGGGGGGGGGGGGGGGGUCGCGGUUCCGCGUUCCCCGCACCGGUUGGGUGGGGGACCCAGGGGGGGGGGGGGGGGGGGUCGCGCUGGUGGGGGGGGUACCUGUCUGGGGGGGUCCCCACUUGGGGGGGGGGGGGGGGGUGGGGGUCACUGGGGGGUGUCUUUCCGGGGUCCCCGCUUCCCGGGGAAGGGGGGGGGGGUGGUGGCGGGGGGGGGGGGGGGGGGGGUGGGGUGACCGCGUGGUCGGGGGGGACCGGGGGGUUCCGGUCGAGGGGUUGUAUCGGCUCCCUGUCUCAAUCCCUCAACCGUUGCCCGCCGGGGGGUGGGGGGGUGUGGGUGGGGCUCUACUCCUCACCGGGGCGGCUCCCAUUGGGGGGGGCAUCCAUCUAGGGGGGCUCGGGCGGGGGGGGGGGUGGUGGUGGCGGGGGGGGGGGGUCCAAACCGUGGUUAGUGUGGGCGGGGGGGGGGACCGAACCGCCGUACCCCUAUACCUGGGGGGGGGUGAGCGGGGGGGGGGGUGCAGGAUGCGGGGGGUGGGGGUCACAAGAGGGGUGGCCCCGCCCCCCGCAUACACAGUGGGCGUGUGGGGGGGUUGA